GUUCACCUUCAUACUGUCUUACAGGUGGGGCAGAUAAUAAUGGCUCCUUGCUGGAACCACAGUGAUGAGACUACAGAGUUCAUACUGGCAGGCUUCCCAAACCUUAACGGCACAGGGGUGGAACUGUUCUCUAUGUUCUUUCUUAUUUACCUGUUGACUCUAACAGGCAACGUGUUGAUUGUGGGGGUGGUAGGAGCUGACCAUCGCCUGCAGACGCCCAUGUAUUUCUUCCUGGGUAACUUGUCCUGCUUGGAGAUUCUGAUCACUUCUGUCAUCAUUCCUAAGAUGCUGAGCAACUUCCUCUCGAAACAGCACACCAUUUCCUUUGCGGCAUGUAUCGCUCAGUUUUACUUUUACUUCUUCCUCGGGGCCUCCGAGUUCCUCCUGUUGGCUGUCAUGUCUGUGGACCGCUACCUGGCCAUCUGCCGUCCUCUGCACUACCCUUUGCUCAUGAGUGGAGCUGUGUGCGUUCGUGUGGCCUUGGCCUGCUGGGUGGGGGGACUCCUCCCUGUGCUCGGUCCCACUGUGGCAGUGGCCUUGCUUCCUUUCUGCAAACAGGGUGCUGUGGUACAGCAUUUCUUCUGCGACAGUGGCCCAUUGCUACACCUGGCAUGUACCAACACCAAGAAACUGGAGGAAGCUGACUUUGUCCUCGCCUUUCUUGUCAUUGUGUCCUCGCUCGCCAUUACUGCUGCAUCCUACGGCCAAAUAGUCCUGGCUGUCCUGCGCAUCCCUUCUGCUUCUGGUCGCCACAAGGCCUUUUCCACCUGUACCUCUCACUUGAUGGUGGUCACCCUCUUCUACGGAAGUGCCGUUUUUCUCUAUGUGCGGCCAUCACAGAGCGGCUCUGUGGAUGCUAAUUGGUCGGUAACAGUGAUAACAACAUUUGUGACCCCUCUGCUGAAUCCGUUUAUCUAUGCCUUGCGCAAUGACAGAGUCAAAGACGCUUUGAAAGACUUGUUCAGAAAGGCAGUAGCAGAGCUUUCAGCAAAUUCUUUCAUUUUGGAAAGUUUGAGAAAGAAGACAGUGAGCUGAGAGUAAAGGGACUCAGCCUCAGAGUCAUCCUGACUGCCAGCUCUCUCUUCAUUGUGAACACCAUGAAAGGAGCCGCAGUGAGUUCCAAAGAUGCCAACUCUGCAUUCCCGUUUCAAGUAAAGUGUAUCAACUCUGCCUUAUGCCUAGUAAUAACAACUCACACUAGUUUUAACAUUUUGUUUUUAUUUUAAUUAUCUCUCUAUGUGGGGGAAAUGAGG